AUGUCAUCUUCCACCCAUGAGAUCGGGAGAUCAUCCGAUGACCCGUUCCACCAAUCCCUUUCUCUGCGGGUCAGGCUCGGGUCGGCCAAGUACUGUGAGCAGCUCUGCCUUCCUGUACUCCGAGACAGUGAGGAUCGUCUGACGCCGAUUUGCAUCGACUACAUUAAGGCUACCUUUAGUAGCAUCGACGCGUCAUCCCGCCACUUGAAGAACAACAAAACUGUGCCGUCGAGCUCCAUUCCCGACCCGAGUCUCCCAUCUUCCAUCCACGACAAGAUCCAUGCGGAUGACUGCUGGCUUGAUUUCGGCCACGAUACACCCAUUGAGGAAGACAACAUCCCUGACGAUUUCAAUUAUGGCACCCACUUGGAUCAUGAGUCUCCUACUUUGUCUCCCUCCGAAGCUUUUAUUUUUCUCGAAUCUCAUGUUGCCACCUCUUCUACUCUCGAGUGGGACCAGGCUCUAGAGCAAGCUACCUCUAUCUCCGGUGAUCACGCCCAGCGAAUGACCCUUUGGCUCUCGAAGAAAACCUCUCGACAGCUGCCCCGGCCGUCGUCAACGCCGCCGAUGCCGCCCAGAAGAAACCUGCCAUCACUGAGCACGGCUUGA